GGGUUACCUCAUAUUGGAUAAAAGAGAAUCAUGUCAGGAAAUUCACUACACUUACCUGAAACUGCAGUACUAUCACCAAUGGGAAAUGAAAAACUUGACCAGGUUUUAAAUCUUGAAAAGAUAGGAAAUGGAUUAUACAGGAGCACAUAUCAGGUUAUGAAUACUGGUGGUAGAACAAUAUUUGGUGGACAAGUAAUAGCAUUAGGUUUAUUGGCUGCAAUAGAAACAGUUUCCACAGAUUACCAUCUUCAUAGUUUACAUUGUUAUUUCCUAAAUGCUGGUAAAGAUCAGCCAAUUAUAUAUAAAGUAGAAUCUACGAGAGGAGGAAACACUUACUGUAGUCGUGGUGUAAAAGCUAUUCAAAAUGGACAAAAUAUUUUUACCAUGCAGUGUUCAUUUAAAAAAGCAGAAAAAGAUCCAUUUCAGUUUCAAGUUAAAAUGCCAAAUGUUCCAAAACCCCAUGAACUAAAAAACAAGUCAGAGAUUCUCAAUGAGCUGUUAGAUCUAAAACAACAUUCUUCUGGUGAAAAUAUUAUCAGUCAUUUGCAAUAUCUAAAACAGUCAGAUGCCAAAAGUUUAUUUGCAUUUAAACCAAUUGAUCAAGAUUGUUAUUCCACAGAAAGAAAGUAUUCACCUCAAAAUACUGUUUGGUGUAGACUAAAGGAACCCAUUGGUAAUAAACAGUUAUGCCAUAAAGUUGUAGCUGCAUAUGUGAGUGAUAUGUUAAUGCUAAAUGCUGCCAGCAGACCAGGUUUUCAUUUAGGGAAACACAAAUUUUUCAUGACAACAUUAGAUCAUUCAAUGUGGUUUCAUAAACCAAUAAAUGUUAAUGAUUGGUUAUUAUUUGAAAUAGAGAGUCCUGUAACAGGUGAAGGUCGUGGAUUCAUCUGUUGCAGAGUUUGGUCAGAAGAUGGUAGUUUAGUUAUAAAUGCAACUCAAGAAGGAGUUAUCCGAACUUUAAAAUCUAACCUAUGAUAAGAACUAUUCAUGUUAUUAAUUGCUAAUUUUACCAUAUAUACCUUAAUUGAUUUGUAAUAAAAAUAAUAGUUAC